UCGAUUGCGAAUAAAUUAUUGAUCGUUUCAAAAAUUACAUUUUAUACAAUCAAAUCUCUGUUUUUCGCGAAAGAAGAUUGUCACGUUGCCAACCCAAUCGUCGCAAACCCGCGUGGGAAUUUUCACUUUCAUCUUUUUCCCUCCCGUAAAAGAAAAUUAUACGAUCAGCCCCGAGGGUUCAAGAUAAUAAUAGUUGCCAGUGACACUAUAUGCAUGCCCCAGUAGUAACUAAUCGAUGUUGUACAUAAGGGCAUAUUCAGUCGAUGUUCAAGCGAUAGUACACCACAUUGCUUGGUUAACGUGUGACAUAAGAUUAUUAAUACUAGUGCUAUCAAUAUUUGAUUGCGUAACGAGAAAUCCAAUUAUCAAGAUUCAAAUCACCGUGUGCAUUCGACGAGCACGUUUCUGCGCGUCCGUGGCUACCAAUGCACGGCGAGUGCGUCCGAAACGACGACGCCGAGAUCGCGGGUGCCGCAACUCUCGAUUAUCGACCACGGAUGCACGCCCGCCAUGGUCAAGGCGCAGCCGCGGGCCAGGCGCGGCCGCCGCGAUCAAAGCUGUCGGACUUCCUCCACCUCUGGGUCAACAACAUCCGACUGUUCUACACCUGGAACACCGUAGACGAUCUGACACCGCAUUUCCCCGACACGAUGGGCAACCUGCAAAGUGACAGCAAGAAAAAGCAGAAGAAGAAGGACGUCACAGCGGCGGCGGUGACGACAGGAACGGCGUCCGCGUCCUCGGAGGAGCUCGAUACGGACGAGGACCAGAAGGGAGACAAGCGGGACCAACCUCGCGAGUUGGCCAAAGUUUUCGAUGGGCGCGACGAACCUCGCGAGCAAAUUAAGAUCAGCUUCGAGAAGGUGCAGACCAAGAGACAGGCGCCGCAACCGCCGAAAAUCAUAUUGCCCAAGGACACGCAAGAAAGUGUGAAGCCAGAAUGUCGCAAGGACAUCACGAUUGCGGAGAAGCCAUGUGUGACAACGACAGAGUCUUUCCGUCCGAGCACCGGGACGCCGACGAUGACGACACCGGCGCAGACCCCGACGACACCGCAGACCCAGCUGCCGCCGUUGCUCGUGACGGACUCGUGGCGCUUGGCAAACAAAAGCCUGGUCGUAGCGGAGAUGCCGACGCCGCCUAGCCAAGAGUCUUCGAGCGACAGCGUCUUCACCGACCCCGGAGAGCUCACGAGUCCGGUCGCGACAAUCAAGGCGGCGAAAGUGGCGAAAUCGCCGCACGAGGCAACGACGAGCAAAGAGGAUAAAUCACCGUUCGUGAUCUCGAAGCACAAGAAGAUCCGCCUCUCAGUGAUCAGUCCUCGAAUAAGCGCAACAUUGAGCCCGGAAGCGAGCUCCAGAACUCCGCGGAGACGUCACAGUGCCUACGAGGCUUCGGCGAGCAAAAGUAUAGCGCUAAGGAGAGUAGCUAGCUUGAACCUGGAUCAAAACAGUGCUAAGAAAAAAAGAAUCGCUAGGAGCAUCAUUCCUCAGAAGACGGAUCGUCACAAACAAUUUGAAGAGCAAAAACUGUCAAACCUCUCGGCCAUCCUUCUGUCAAACAAAGACGCGAAGAAAGGCAUUACAUCCAUGAUAGAUCGGACAGACAUCUGUGCGCUGGCAGAUGAGUUUCUGUCAACUGAAACCAAAUCGAGCCAGACCUCUAUGCCCGAGAAUACACAUCAAUACGAGGAAGAGGUGAAGAAGCUGAGAGAUGAGAUCGAGCGACUGCGCGAGAUAUGUAUAAGCCGACAGACAAGCAGCAAAAGUCAAUCCACUCAAACCUCGCCGAGAAGCGCGUCGCCGGUCGACGCGAUUGCUAAUGAAACUGAUAAUUUAAGUGUUAGAAGAUCAUCAUCGAUCAAGAGCGACCUCGAGGACACGAAGAUGACUGUCGCGCAUCCUUUCACAAGCAAAACGUCGAUCGACAUGAUUUCAAAUCAAUCGUGCGUGUCGCGUAGUAGUUUGGCAAAAGCAUCGAAUGAAGAAUUGGCGCCGUAUCCAACACCAUUGCCACCUCCAUUACCACCGGACUCGUUAAAAGGCGCAUCUACAUCCCUGUCGACGUCCCUGCAGUCUUUCCUCCCACCACCCCCGCCGCCGCCGUCUCCACUCGUGGUCGCGAGUGAGCCAACGUGCAAAAUCAAAAAGACAAUUCCGCCGUCGUCGAUCGAAUCUGAAGACAGAUUACCGACACCGCCGCCUCCACCCAUGCAGAUGCAAAGUAUUGUGAGCACCUUCCCACCUCCGCCUCCUCCUCCACCACCGCCGCCACCUACACCGAUGCUGAACGCGUUUCCACUGCCACCGCCACCACCACACAUGCAAAGUAUCAUAAGCUCUAUACCACCGCCGUCGCCCUUGCAAAAUGUUAUACCUCCGCCGCCACCACCGCCGCUUCCGCCUCCGCUUCCGUCCAUGACAGUGCACAGCAUCGAAAACAAUUUGCCACCACCUCCGCCGCCACCGCCGCCUAUGCUUGCUCAAAGUGCCGCGAGUGAAAAAAUGGCAUCGUGCACCAUGAGCGGAAUACCGCCACCACCGCCACCUCCUACGCCGAUGAUGAAUAUGUACGGAGCACCGCCACCACCUCCUCCACCGCCAUCUCUAGAUAACUCAUUGCCGCCACCGCCGCCGCCGCCGCCGCCGCCGCCGCCGUUACCCGGAAUGACGCAAAAUUCUACGGGCGGUCCACCGCCACCGCCACCGCCGCCGGGUAUGCUUAUGCAAGGCGGUAUACCACCUCCACCUCCGCCACCCGUCGCAGGAUCAGGUGCGGGUCCACCAUUUCCGCCAGCACCCCCGCCGCCCCCGGGUAUAGCAGGACCCUGCCCUUUACCUGCUCCACCGGUCGGAGGGUGGAAUCCACCGAGCAGAGCCAUUAUGAGAAAGCAAGCUUUAAAUCCUGACGUGCCUAUGAAACCGCUUUACUGGACGAGGAUUCUAGUGCCAGUUACAGCGAGUAGUCAAGCUUCUGCGAAUGCUACAGAAUCGCCAUCUCAGAAAAAUCUGUGGUUAGAGCUUACGGAGGAGGAGAAUAUAAAUAUGAAAGAAUUCGCCGAUUUAUUUUCGCGGCGAGUGAGAGAACCGAAUCCGGCCAAGAAGAGCGUGGAGGCGCCUAAAAGUUCCAAGAUCCAGCCAGCGAAAAUACUGGACUCGAAACGAUCGAAGAUGGUGGGAAUCCUCGAGAAGAGCUUGCACAUUGACUUUAGUGAGAUCGAGAACGCGGCCUAUAAUUUAGAUACGAGCGUGAUCAGUCUGGAAGCGUUGCAACAGAUCUACGAAAUUAAACCUACGGAGAAAGAAAUAGAACUAAUCGCAGCUCAUGAAUUCGAGUUUCCGCAUAUCCCCCUCGAUCAACCGGAAUUAUUUCUCAAACGACUGUCCGGCAUAAAAUACUUCUCCGAAAGAAUAGCCUGUCUGAUGCUACAAUCGGAAUUCCACGAUGCGAUCACGUCGGUUUCUUACAAAUUGGAUAACAUGCGAACCACCUGCGAUUUUCUGCUGAAAUCUGAGUCUCUAAAGAAAGUUCUGGCUAUUAUACUAACUCUGGGUAAUUAUAUGAACGGUGGAAACAUGAUGCGCGGCCAGGCCGAUGGCUUCGGCUUAGAAAUCCUGGGCAAACUGAAAGACGUAAAGGCCAACGUAUCCGGCAUGACUUUGUUGCAUUAUGUUGUCAUUGCGAAAUUAUCUCAGGAAAAGGAUCGUAAUUUCGACGAGCUGUUACCUUUACCCGUGCCUGAACCGGCGGAUGUAGAAGCUGCAGCCACAAUCAAGUUCGAAGAAAUAUCCAAGGAGCUUGAUAGAUUGGAAAAAGAAUUGCAGGCAUGCGCAGAGAAAAGUAACACAGUCGUGGAAGCGGAUCCAGCUACAUCCAAAAUAUUCAAGGAGAAAGUAGACGCGUUUGUGGCGAGGGCGAAUACCGAAUUAACGAGCGAGAAAGAGGAAUUUCUGGAGGCUAGAAACAAAUUCAAGGCCGUAAUGCGAUUUUAUCAGUUCAUCCCUAAAGGCGCCACCAUGGACACUGCGGAACCCUAUGAUUUCUUUAAUUUGUGGCUUGGUUUUUGUCGGGACUUCAAGGAUAUCUGGAAAAGAGAGCAGCAGCGAAUACGAAAGGAACGGAUAGAGAACAUUCGCAAGAAGCUCGAGAAGAAACCUGAAGUCGUGAGAGUGAAGUUGAAUCCGCACGGAUUAAAAGCACGAUUACAAAAGUUAACAAGUAAGAAGACUCAAAGAUAGUCUUACCGAAAUACGUACAAGUUGAUGGUGAUUGCGAACUUGGGCUCGCUAAUAAUUUACACAUGCAAUCAACAUUCGCUAAAUUAUAAAUUUCAUACUCUCCUCGCGUUUAACGCUGCGACGUCCAAAGUUUAAUUCUAAGAAUUUAAUUGUAUAUAAUUUUCGAUUUAUACUCGUUAAUCAUUAUUUUCAAACCGAAUCGAAAACGGUGAAUCCUAUGAUAAAAUAUGAAUUUUGUAUAUUUGCAAAACGAGAUAGACUGCUUUGAACAAAUUGCUAACUUUGUUAUUAUAAAUGCAGCAUGAUAAAUGAGCUUCGGAAACUUAUUUAUCUUCUUUUCUUAUAAAUAUUUAUUGCAAGCACGCGUUUAAAGCGCAACACGGAAAGUUGCUUUUUGAACCUCCAAUCGCUCAAAAAUAAUGAGGUUAUUUUAUUGUUUAAAUUCUAAUUAAUUGUUAUACGGAGAUAUUGAGAAUACUUAAAAUUCACGCAACGAAAUGCGAUCGCUUUCCGUACAAAUGUAAUACAUAUUGCCGAUCGCAAAAUUCGAUAAACAAUAUGUAAGCUAUAGCUAUGGCAGACUGAAAUAAUAACGGUGCACUAAAACCUCGUAUACACUCAAGUAGAUAAGUUCUUGGAAUUUCUUAAUCAUUAAUAUCAAAUAUAAUAAUGAUAGGCUGACGGCAACUUUACGGGUACCGUUUACGAACACGUUCCGAUCUCCGCGUAGUACUAAAUAAUUUAGCACGAGUGUAUAAGUGAAGAUUGGAGACUCGUUCAAUAGAAGAAGGCCAUAAAUAAAAUGUAUUCUUCUUAUAUUUAAAUUAGAAUAAAUAAUGCAACAUCUCUAUGUAAAAGCAGAUAUAAAACGCAAGGUAAUUUCACAAAUUUUAACAAAAUUUUAUUGUUAUUCAGUCAAGUGUCUUCGAAUAGAUUUUUAACGUGAAUUAGAAUGUACAGUAACAGGUUUGGUGCUCGAUAAUUUUGAGUUCCUUGAAUAGGAUUUCGUUCAGAAAAGAUAAAUCAACCUGACCAGAAAUGGUCUUCAAAAUUUUCGUAUUUGACUCAAAGUCCUCGCAAUUAUAUAACGGCAAAAAUAUUAAAAAAUACAAGAAAGUCGAAAGCGCACGACAUCGCGAGGUGAACGCAAUUGCAUUGCAUCCCUUCACGAUGUCGUAUACUUCUAUCUUGUACUUUUUAAAGUUUCUAAGUCAUUACGCGACUACAACGAGUUACCCGAGACUCGGAAUAAAGCUGAAUACAAUAUUGCAUGAAAUCAUUUCUGUAGAUUGAUUAAUGCUAUCUGAACAAAAUUCAGAUACUCAGAAACCUCGGAAUUAUUGCUACCGAAUUUGUUAUCGAAUAUAAAUCCAUAUUAAAGAUCUACUAGAAGGCAUUUAAUAAUUUAUGUGAAUAAAGCUGCUAAAAUCUGUGUAAUUCUAAGACGUUUUAUAUCUGAUUUUACUGGAUGCGUUUUUCUUAAUUGCAUUUUGUCACUUCGUUCGUAUUUAGUACAAAAUAGGUUUCUCGCAAGCUCUGAAAAAGAUUAUAAGAAAUUGUAGAGAGAACAACUAAUUAGAAAGGAUACGCCUAUAGAUACCAUAAACGUUCAUGGUGACUAAAAAACGUUUGUGCCUCCUCUUAUAUGAUAUUCUUUAUAUACUUAUUCCAUGAAUUCUCAUCACUCUAGACCGAAUAUUUCAAGAGAAAAACAAUCGCAAUCGUGAUAAUUGUUAUUAAAUCGUUAUCUAUUUAUUUAUUUAUUUAUUCAUUUGUGUUAAAUUAUAUUGUCAUAUAAAUUGUUACAAAUAAGAGUGUAAAUAACGUUACUUGUACGAGAUAUUGAUGUUAAAAAAAGAUUCUUUAUAUUUAAGAGUGGAAAGGAUGUAUUCAUCCUUUCUGCCUAAUUUAAAAAUAAUAUCGUCGUUUAGAUAUUAUUGUUAUUAUAUUGAUUGUAUCUUUUAAUUAUAUAAAAGCGUUAUAUCGAAAAGUGCAGUUAACAACCGAAUUAUUAUUA